CAUAGUCUGCAUGCCACCCCAUAACAAAAAAUGCUAGAUCCGCCCCUGCAACAAAUAAAGCUGACGGAACAAACGGAUGAAUUAAUUCUGUUCGGCAACGGUUUCGUACAGAGUCGAAUUUUCCCCACUGGAGGGCACUGUUCCCCAAAUUCUAAAUGUGCCACAAAGGGCAGUAAUUCACAUCAUUUACCAGAGAACAUCACGACCGCAAUUGUUCAUCUAAUGCUGGAUUUUGUUGUACGAUCUUACAGAUGUUAUAUGUGAUAACAGCGCUUGACUGCGAACCACAAGAAGACACAAACGAGGCACUGCGGUGACUAAGAGCGGAAACAGGAAAGCACAGCUGAGAUGUGUUAGGGGCCGUUCACACCGAACACGUCCUUGCGCUAAAUCAAGCUAGAUGCAGCGCCAGGACUAGAGCAGAGCACGGGUUUUUUGAACAUUUCCGUUGAAGCAAAGAAUUGUGGGUUGUGAGUGCCCACAAAGGAUACACCUCAUGCAUCCUCCGAAUUCCUGUUAAAGAAGUUCGCAUUCGAAGGCUGCAUUCGAAGUGUCCUACUCGCUUUUCUGAAACGAGACAGCCUCGAUGACGUAUGCGGCCAACAAACGCGACCUCCGGAGGACGCAUCCUUCCAAACGAGACAGCCGAUGUUUCUCUGAUACUGCGGAAGGAAAAGUUGGGGACCAGCGAAUGUACAGAAGGGAAUGUCUACUUGUUUUUGAAACAACCGUGUGGCUUUGAAGCAUCCAUUUUUUUCUCUUAGCAAGCAGUGUUAGUUUUUUCUGUCUUCAUCUAAAGCCAACUCCGGCUGUGACAGUCAGCUUUCCGCUUCCCGGUGUUUUUAUUAACGGGCAAACAUUUGAACAUCUUUUCAGCAGCGUUUGAUUAUUUAUUCCAGAGCUCCAGUUUACGGGUGUUAAAGUGAUAUAUUGAUUCGUGAAGAUGACGGGUAAAUCAGUGAAAGACAUUGACCGCUAUCAGGCUGUACUUACAUCCCUGCUCGCGUUAGAGGAAAACAAGUUUUGCGCUGAUUGUCACGCCAAAGGUCCUAGAUGGGCAUCCUGGAAUCUUGGAAUCUUCAUUUGUAUCCGCUGUGCAGGAAUCCACAGGAAUCUUGGUGUGCACAUAUCACGAGUUAAGUCUGUAAACUUGGACCAAUGGACUCACGAUCAGAUUCAGUCUGUUCAGGAGAUGGGGAACGCCAAAGCGCGACGACUAUAUGAGGCCUUUUUACCAGAGUGCUUCCAGCGCCCAGAAACAGACCAAGCUGCUGAGAUUUUUAUACGAGACAAAUAUGAUAAGAAGAAAUAUAUUGACAAGUGCAUUGAUAUCCAGUUGUACAGGAGAGAGAAGAGUGAGACAGUAACAAAAGAGGCUCCUGUUGUUUUUGAAAAGAUGAAGCUGAAAAAGGAUGAGUCGCAACAAUUCAAAAACAGCCCAAAGAAACAGUCACAGUCUGUUAAUGACUUAUUAGGACUAGAUGCUCCAGUUCCUCAAGCUCCUGUGUCCAAUAGCAAGCCAAGCACUGAACUUAGCCCUGCCCUUGACCUCUUUAGCUCUCUGCCUGCUGCUGUCAGCAGUUCAAAUUCAACCAGAAGCACGCCUAGCUCAGGGUCAAUGCCCACUGGGAGAGUAGCAGCAUCAGUGCCCGAGAACCUCAGCCUGUUUUUGGACCCGCCCACUAAAAGUGAAGACAGCGGCAAGAAGAUGUCCAAGGAUUUGAUCCUGUCCCUGUACAGCAGUGCAACUCCACAAACAAACAUGGCCACUCGUGCUGGCAUGUACAUGGGUGCAACACAUAUGGGCUACGUCCCUGCUGCAGGAUACGGCCAAUACCAGGCCCUCGGUGCCCAGCAGGCCAUGAUUGGGCCUAUCAUGGCUCCACAAAUGAAUGUACUUGGACAGGCAGGCGUCAUGCCGCAAACAGGAGUGGCAGCUGCUCCUCCGUACAUGGCAGGGGUGCAGGGGGGCAUGAUGGGAAUGCAAAACGGGAUGAUGGGAGGCAUGGCAACAGUUCCUCAGCAGGCAUAUGGAGCACAGCAGGCUCAACAACUGCAGUGGAACAUCAGCCAGAUGACUCAGCACAUGGCAGGCAUGAAUUUCUACGGUGCCAAUAACAUGAUGGGUUACGGGCAGCCCAUGGAUGGGGCAGCUGCUCCCGGUUCAAAUAAUAUGCUCGGGUCACAUGUGUGGAAGUGAUGGUGUCCUAAAGAGAGAACAGUCUGAAUGGUUGGGCUUGGCCGCAACUGACAGCAGAAGGAAGACAGAUUGUAGAAGGAAACACUCUUCUUUGGACACAAUGGGAGUCAAUUAGAUGAUCUCAACAGAAGUCCCUACCUCCCUCAUUCUCAGAGCCAUUUUCCACAUUCUCCUGCUUGCCUUCAAACAUUCAUGUACUCAGAGAGAGAAUCGAGCACAGUUGCAUUAGCAAGGUGUGGUGUGUAUUACAUAUGCAGCAUAACUCGCAUUUCUGAUGCUCUUCUCAACUGAGUGCUCCACACUUCACAGCUUCAGCGUUCCUAUAGUAAACAUUUUUGCAACAUCUGCUACCGGAUUUGGUUUUCAGUUCUCUCUUUCAUCAGUGAUCAGUGUUAUGUUCAGUUCACCCUAAAAUGGAAAUUCUGUCAUUUACGCACCCUCAUGGGUUUCCAAACCUGUAUUUCUUCUGUGUAAAACAAAAGUAGAUGUUUGGCACAAUGACAGCCUCAGUCACCAAUUCUUUUUCAUUGUAUGGAGAAAAGAUGCAAUGAAAGUGAAUGGUGAAUGAGACUAAUCAAAGAGUAUUUAUCAGAGACGGGCCACUUCUAUUAAAAUGAAUGGGAGAAAUAUGAACGCCUAUCCAAUGAGCUCUAGCGCCAAAUAGUCAACGGAUGUAGAAAGGAAGUCCAGCAUUACAGGUAAAAGAGCCAAUCACCUUUUAGAUACAGACAUCUCCUGUCAAUCAACUCGAGAAUGUGCAUGUGCAUUAGCUACACAAGCUGGGAAAAUUGUUCACCCAAAAAUUUCAAUUCUCUCAUAAUGUACUCACCCUCAUGCCAUCCCAGAAGUGUAUGACUUUGUUUCUUCUGCAGAACACAAAUUAUGAUUUUUUAAAGAAUAUUUCUGCUCUGUAGGUCCACAAUGCAAGUGAAUGGGUGCCAACAUUUUGACGCACCAAACAGCACAUUAAGGCAUCAUAAAAGUAAUCCAUACGACUUGUGUUUUAAUCCAUAUUUUCAGAAGUGAUAUGAUAGGUUUGGAUGAGAAACAGAUCCAUUUUUAAGGACUUUUUUGCUUGCAAUUCUUCUCCCUGCCCAGUAGAGGGCGGUAUGCGUGAAGAAUAUGAAUGUAAUCUGUUUCUCACCCACACCUAUCAUAUAGCUUCUUAGGAUAUAGAUUUAACCACUGGAGUCUUAUGGAUUACUUUUAUGCUGAUUUAUUUGAUUUUUGGAGCUUCAAAAUUUUGGCACCCAUUCAGUUGCAUUGUAUGGACCUACAGAGCUGAGAAAUUGUUCUACAAAUCUUUAUUUGUGUUCAGCAGAUGAAAGAAAGUCCUACACAUCUGGAAUGGCACAAGGAUGUGUAAAUGAUGAGAGAAUUUUCAUUUUUGGGUGAACUAUUCUUUUAAUCUGAGGUAAAGAAGCACAAUUUAUGAAAGCAGUGUUGUGAGAUUUUACUGAUGAUUUGAAAUAUGUCAUUUGAACGUAAGCUUGGCAAGCAGUUUUUGAGAUUCCGCUGUUCCUCCAUUCAAAUGGAUAGGAGCUGCACUGUCAUGACUGGAAAUAGCUUCCCAAGAGUGUUCUCCAAAGAUGGCCACCAAUGGACUGACUUGCUAGAAAGACUUGGACUAAUAUAUUGCCUUGCAUAUUUUAUGUUCCACAGAAGAUAGAAAGUUAUACGUGUUUGGCACAACAUGAGAGUGAAUAAAUGAUGACAGAAUUUCCAUAUUUGGGUCAACUACCCCAUUAGGUGGUUUGUGUCGUACCCCCCCCCCCCCAACCAAAUCACUUGAUCCUGUUGUUACAUAUGCUGCCUUAGGAGGUUGGCACUGGGUUUUGGAACGGAGCUUAUAUAUCCUAGUUUAAGCAUGCUCGCAACCAUAAAUGAACACUUGAAUGUGCAUACAGCUAUGCUCAGAAGCCAUUUCAGUUGUGAUGACAUGCCAUUUAUGUUUGUAAAAGUUAGAAUCUGUGUCUUACAAACUUAAUACUGCUAGGAGAAAAAUGUCCAUUACUGUGUUGGUAGGUCUGUGAUUUAGGGGCAAGCCUGUGAAUGAUCCUCUUAUGUUGUUCCUCUUUUUAACGCACAGGGUAUAUAGCUAAGUCCCUUCGACUCGGUGUUUUCACACUAAAUCGCAACUCAGGAGAAACAUAGGCUUGGGAGGAUGAGGGUUUUCACAUCCAUCUCAUAGCUAAAUAUUCACAUUCAGCCAAAGAUUUAUUAAAGCUUGGACGUCUGUACGGAUCUUUGGAUUGACAGGUUCUGGGUGGAUAAUCAUGCUCCAUGAUGUAGGUUCAGCCAUUUGGCAUUUGAGUGCAUUGGAGUCUGACCUCAAGCGUUUAAUGGCACUAGUGGUGCAUCGAUCAGGAAAUUUGAGGCCGAUACUGAUCUCCGAUUUUUAUAUAUUUUUUUAACACCAAGAUCGGCCGAUACCGAUUAUCUUUAAAAAUGCCCUUUGCACAUUAUAUUUUGCAGUUAUAUUUAUGCCCCACACAGUAAAAUUACGUUAACACUUUACAAAAAGGUUCCAUUUGUUAACAUUAUUUAACAACAUUACUGUAGUUAACAUGAACUAAUGAACUUAAUGUUAGUUGCAACAUAGACUAAUACAUUUUGAAAAUCAAAAUUUGUAUUAGUUAACAUUAGUUAAUGCACUAUAAACUAACAUGAACUAACAGUGAACAAUUGUAUUUUUAUUAACUAACAUUAUGAUUUAAAUGCUGUAAAAAUAUAUUGUUCAUGAUACCUAAUGCAUUAACUAAUGUUAAAGAAAUGAAAUCUUUUUAUUUAGUUAUUACACAGGGCGAAUAUACUAUUUAUUAAAUCUACUUUUUAUUACACAUCUUAUUUUAAUGUCUGGAAAACCAGACUUUUAAAUAUUACAUUUUAUAAAUGCAAUGACUGGAAUUGUUCGGUUGAAGGGUGUACCAAACUGUGAAUCCUGAACAAAACAGUUUGGUGCCACUCCUAAUUAGCUUCCACUUAGCUGACAACAAUGAAAAUAGCUACAUGAUUAGCUAGUUAAUGUAAGCUUGUUGUCACGGAGAGUAAAAGAUGGACUUUAUUUACUUUCCAGCAUUGCGUCUCACCAAUUAGGUAACAGCAAAGCGUGAAAUCAACACUCACCACACACAAUCCACCACCGCACCGUUGUCUGCUGAGUUGCAAAAAGAUGCUCUCUUACCUUUCAAUCUGCUACAUUACUGACUACACUGACAAACUAUAGCUGCCUAACAGUAAACAGAUGUGAUAAACAUGAGUGACAUGGUUGUCAGGGACAGGGUUAACGUUAUAUUAGUUAUAUAAAAUGAUGGGUUCAUUUUUUAUUAACUUUCCAGUAUGUAUUUCACAAACUAGUUAGCAAUUUAACGAGAAGAGAUCGCUCAAAUCCACACAGUUUAACUCCGCCCUGUCUGCAGAACCACCGUCAGCUCAGAGUCAGCUCUGUAAACAGUGGAGUCGGAGCAUGCUCUGUUGGACAAACUACACUAUGACACCAAUUCUAAAGCAUUGUUUUCUGCAUUAUAUGUUCUGAAAAAAAGUUUUCAUAUCGCCGCAUAUCGGUAAAAUAUACACCGAUACGAUAUAUCGGCAAAAGGCUAAUAAAACCGAUAAAACCGACUAACCGAUAUGUCACAGUUAAUUUAGUGGAGUUGGCUACACGUAUUCAGCUUUAGAUGUAGGCUACGUCCUUCUCAUCUCUGUCACUGCUUGCAUGUUGAUAGCAGACAUUCUGAAGAAUAUUUGUGAGGUCUUGUCCAUGUGAAUGUGAUUUAAAGCCACACGUUGCAAAGCUUAAAAUCUUAUUAGUGCAGCGGUUGAUUGACAGGUAGUAUUUUCAACCUAGAAGUCCUUGGUUUCACUAGACACGCGCAUGGAGAGUUUAAAAAAAUCUUCUAUCAUAUAUCCACUAUCGUGUGCAUAGACAAUUAUAACAGAUGCUACAUACCCCCCCUAAAUGUCGCCCUAGAACUGAAACGAAUUCAAGUAUGAUGAAUAAAAAUAGACCAUGAUGGAAAUUUGAAAACUCUGUCAGAGUAAAAAGAUUGUUUUCUAGCGCAACCCGUAUAGCAAAUGAUUUGUUUGAAGCUCAGGGAACAGCAUGGCCUUUCUGUAGAAUCCUUCCCAGUGAUGUGGUCGUGAAUAUUAUGGGGAAAACACAGUUUUAACAUGACCAUUUUCUCCAAAUGUGUAAAAGCUUCAUAAACACUCAGUUUACAUUGUUCCUGUGAGUUGUAACACCUUCUAUUGAUUGGUCAGCUUCAGGUAGAUCGGCAAAUCGGGCCAAAUUUUUUAAACAUUUGUAAACAAUUGUGGUAGUGAGCUGCUCGUAAGCCACUCGGCUCCGCUCAUAAUUCCUCUCACACAAUGCGAGCUGCGACCACACGAGCACCCACGAUUUCCACACGAUCUCUCCCGACUGGAAAAAAUAGGUCGGGAGCUCACAUGACAGCCGAAAAUCGCACCGUGUACGCCCACCUUAAGACGAAUAUCGGCCGAUUUUGAUCGGUGCACCCCUAAAUGGUACCAUUGAUUGUAUUGUACUCUGCUUUUCUCCUCAUUACUGAAUGCUGGGUCAACACUGUCAGGAUGAACCUUUGGGAAUCUGAGGCUGCAGUUUGGACAGAGACCAACUGAUUGUUUCACUCUGGCUUCGGCCAAUGAGAGCAGGAUUUACCAUAGACACUGUGUGAAGUUCAUUCAAAGCAGUCAGCUUGGGGUUUUAUUGACUGGUAUAGUGUAAACACUGUUUGUUAACAUUUAAAGGAACCAAAUGCAUCUUCUAUUUAAAGGACAGUCUAGAGUAGAUAGGAACAGCUCUUAUAUGUUGUGAGCGUGUAAACAACCCGCUGAACCACAGUUCUGACCUCUGAUCUUUUAAACUAGAGCAUAAGGAGAAACUAGGACCCCUUUAAUAUGAUUGCAUAAUCAAGGAGCUAUAGACACAUUUUAAAAUGUGCUGUUGCAUAUGUUUAUCUUUUUAUUCAGGAGAUGUUUAAAUCUUGCAUAGCUAUAGAAAACGUUCUGCCCAUGAAACAGAUGAAUAUAAAGUGUACAAAUGCAGCGGUUUGUAAAUUAGUUAAUUUACGAUAUUUGGUUGCGGUGUUUGUUUGUUUUUUUUUCACUAUGGCCCUGACUGUAAAGAAUUGUUUGCUAAAAAUUAUGAUUGUGUUGUGACCACUCAGGUGGUCUGAAAUGACAAUAUACUGUAAGGUCUGAACUGUCUUUGUUAUUCUGUCAAUGCGCAUCACUGCCCUCUACUGGCCAACACGUGAUCAUCAGUGAUGUAAAAAGAAAGCGGUGUGAGAUUAAUGUUUUUAGCAAAUUAUUUGUGAUCUCACAUAUGUGCAAAGUUGCUGAAUGUGUUUGUUGUUCUGCUGUACUUUUUUACUGUGCAAAAAGUUUCUAAGUUGAAUCUGCACUGCAUUUUUCAGGUUUUGAAUUUUUGUUUGCUUUAUUCCAAUUAAAUGGGACUGUGUUCUCAUAUUUUCUCCUAAUUUGGCACAUUUGAGCUUGUAUAUAGAAAAUAUGGCAUGUACCGGUAAUACCCUGUAUGUAAAGUCCAAGUUCCUUGGGUUUUAUCUUUGAUUUAAAACUAUUGUUAUAAUGGCACUUUACUACUCAGAAUUUGUGUGCAUGAAUUGUUGUUUCUUGAGAAAGUUUGAUCAGAAGUGAUUAGCUAAUAAGUUUAUUACGGACAUCAUUCAAUUCCAUAUGCAACAGUCUCGCGCGCAUGCUAGCUAUUCCAAAACAGCAAUGUUCAAACUGACUUCAUAAUAUAUCAGUGGGCUGAAAAGUGUUGCUUUUGAUUCGAUUUACCACACCGGGUAGGUCUGCAUUUAAAGGAAUAGUUUGCCCACCCAAAAAUGACAAUUAUGCCCUUAUGGACUCACCCUCAUGUUGUUCCAAACCCAUUUGACUUUCCUUUUCCGUACUUCUGUGUUUUGCAGAAGAAAGAAAGUCAUACAUAUUUGGAAUGUCAUGAGGGUGAGUAAAAAGAACUUUUUUGCAUGGGUGAACUAUUCCUUUAACCUUGCACUUGAAUGUAUCCAUGUCCAUCCUGAGUGUGAAGCAGUAAACUUGUGUUAUGCAUAUCAGAUUAUUUAAAGUAGAAUGUUGAGGGUUUACUUUUGUUGUUGUCCUCAAUUUAAGAAAAGCAAUACUGGGUAGACUUAUGUCUUUGGCUAUGAAAUGACAGCCUGUUUCAAAUUUGAAUACAAUAAUCUGUUUGCAAGUAGUUAAUAGAGAAGCAAGGAUUCUCAAAUAACUUGUACUGCAUUCAUACAAAGAUCUCGUUCAAAAAUGCAAAUGCUAUACAAUGCAUAUCUUAUACCACACAUACAAUAAAUGCUUUUGUUUUAUGCUAGUGAUAAACGUUAAACCCUCAAUUGCUAUUUUCUUAGUAUGCAUCGAAAUUGUUCCUUUUCUGAAAUUUCAAGUGUGUCAGUUCAGAAUUGUGAAGGGCUUAAUUGUUUCCAGGAAUGGUUGGCAACAUGCUUGCAGACUCAAGUAAGAUUUUGUGAGCUGUGCACAGUUUAUUAUCACCCCUUUUGGUGAAAUGGUGCUAAAAUAUCAUCUGCCCACAUUCAAUUGUGGAGGUCUUCUUGAACAUUCUAUUUCUGUGAAUUGUUCACACUUUGAGAGAAUGCAAUGUAAUUUAAUUGUCUGUUGUUUUGAAUGGAUUACAUCAGUGUAUACAUGUGUGGGUUACUUGCAAAGUUGCUCAAUAUUGUUUUCUUCCUUUUUAAUAUUUUUCAGGAUAUCUAUCAAAGGCUUGAAUGUAAAAUAAGAUGAGAAAUAAACAUCUUAACUGCAA